AUGGGCUAUCCCCAAUCAGGCGCAUAUGAUUUUGGUCACUACCAGAAUGUCUACGAUCAGUCGCAAGAGCCCAGCGUGUUCCGGGGUGGCACUCCAAGUACGAGCACUAGCAUUCCCACGGGCCCUUUGACACAUAUGAACCAGUUGCAGACGCAGAACCAGCAAUCCUCGCAUCACGUGGGCUAUCCACAGGGAUCGAAUCUGGAAGGCCGUCUGUCAAACGUCAACAUCUCCUAUGAUCCCUGGUCCGGCGCAGAGACCCCAAUGCUCAUGAACCCGCAUGCGGGUGGUGCAUUUUCUUACGAUUUAUCGACCUAUCCAAUGCCUCCUCAACUAACACCACAGCACAUGGGUCUGAACCCUCAAUCGACCUAUUCCACCCUUCAGACACAGACACCAGCUCAUAACACAUACUGGGGCAUGGACGACUAUCACCCCCCACAACAGGACCAACCCGUAUCACAGGGACAGUAUCCGAGCCCUCAAGUAUAUUCUCAGUCAUAUGCCCCUCAGCGGACGUUGCAACCGAGGGCUAUCCAACCAAAAAAGCAACCAUUUCAGGACAAUUUCCCGGCAAAAGUGAAAUCCGACUCGCACAUUGAAGCCUCGCCUUAUACUAAUAUCUAUUCAACAAGUGGCUUUGAUAUACUGGGUGUUUUGGCUCGCGUAAUAUCAAGACCAGACCCGAAAAUCAAUAUUGGUGCCGUCGAUUUAUCCUGUGCGUUUGUGCUCUGCGACAUAACCCAAGAUGAUCAACCAAUCGUGUAUAUGUCAGAGGCCUUUGGACGGUUAACAGGAUAUUCCGAGGAGGAGAUCGUUGGUGUGAACUGUCGCUUUCUUCAAAGUCCCGAUGGUAAAGUAGAACCUGGGCUGCAACGAAAAUUCGCCGACUCCGACACUGUUUACCGAAUGCGAACAACCAUCGAAGAACGAAACGAGAUCCAAGUCAGUGUGAUCAAUUACAGGAAAGGCGGACAGCCAUUCAUUAAUUUGGUUACGAUGAUUCCUAUACGUUGGGACUCGAACGAAUACCGGUUCUAUGUGGGUUUCCAGGUCGAUUUGGUGGAGAAGCCGGAUGCUGUCACCAAGAAGAAUCCAAAUGGAACCUACAUGAUCAAUUACAAGCGAAAUCAGUUACCUAAUUACGUGGUGCCUCCGUCUGACGUCCGCCAGAGCCAUCCCGAUCUAGCGGUGCAAUUUGGCCAUGAUCAAGUUUCUAGCAUUCUACGUUCUGUCAGCGCUUCUCGGCCAGAAUAUAAGCACUACUUCGAUCGAAUCCUUGUUGAGAACGCAGAUGACAUCAUCCACGUGUUAUCUUACGAUGGCGUAUUCCUCUAUCUCUCGCCGUCCUGUCAAAAGGUCCUGGAAUAUGAGUCUUUCGAGUUAGUUAAUAAAACUUUGUCAUCUGUCUGUCAUCCCAGUGACAUUGGCACCGUCACUAGGGAUCUUCGGACUAGCACCACCACAGCUCUGGUAAGCGUGAUAUAUCGAAUUCGCAAGAAAUACAGUGGCUAUGUUUGGUUCGAGAGCCAUGGCGCAUGGCAUGUGGAGCAAGGGCGAGGGCGGACAUUCCUCGUGUUCAUCGGGAGAGAGCGUCCAGUGUACCACCUCGGACAAGUUGCCAGGUUAGGAAGUGAGGCCCUUGGCGAGACAGAUGUCUGGGCGAAGAUAUCUGCCUCGGGAAUUAUUCUUUACAUCUCCACAAAAGUACGACCUGUUCUAGGCCGAACACAGGAUGACCUAGUCGGGACGAGCUUCAAAGACUUGUUGGGUACGGAAAGCUACUCAGAGGUGCAACAGGCUCUGCAGAACUCGCGAAACGGUCAACGGACGAUGUUUACCCAUCAAGUCCGUCAUAAGAAAGGCCAUAUGGUUCAGGCUCAGACGGUAUUAUUCCCUGGAGACACCAAAGAAGGCACGAAACCUUCAUUUCUGGUCGCCCAAAUGUGUUUUCCAAAAUCGUCGCAGUCGUCUAGCGAGGAGCCAAUGCCAACGGAAACGACAACGUCGAUACCGGCCAGAGAUCCAACGAAAUCAGCAAGCACAGACCAACAGCAACCCCUCGUGAAUGCCUCCAGUGGAAACCACCUCCCUCCAGACAGCCAAAAAUUAUCCUCCCCAGAACAAAUCACAAUCUUUCCCGAACUCAUCCCAACCCGCGGCUCAAGCUGGCAAUUUGAGCUCCGUGAGCUCGAAAAACGCAACCGUAGCCUUUCUGACGAACUUCAACGACUACUUACCCGAAGAAAGAAGCGCAAACGGAAGCAAACAGCGAUGCCAGUGGGCAAGAGCUGCGCCAUGUGUCAAACGAAGAACACGCCGGAGUGGAGGCGGGGCCCGAGCGGGAAUCGGGAUUUAUGUAAUAGUUGUGGGUUACGGUGGGCGAAGCAGGUGAGGAAUGCGGCACAGAUUGAGAGGUCGGGGUCUGCUUGA